ACCGGUCAGCUGCGUUGUAUUAUAAGACUUCCUGGUUCGCUAAUGAAACGGUUGUUUUCUCUAUUAAGUGAUCAUAAAUGCAUACUGCUUCCUCGCGCAUCAACAUCGAUUUCAGUGGAAAGGAUCCGUUACACCCGCGAACAUGAACACGGAGAAGGACUUCUCGCCUCUGACGCCCAACAUUGUCAGGGCUCUGAAUGACAAACUGUACGAGAAGAGGAAAGUCGCAGCUUUGGAAAUUGAGAAACUGGUGCGAGAGUUUGUGGCUCAGAACAACUCCACUCAAAUUAGGCAUGUUAUCCAGAUUCUGGCCUCGGAGUUUGCCCUCUCCCAACACCCCCACAGCCGUAAGGGGGGUCUCAUCGGACUGGCAGCCUGCUCGAUCGCCCUCGGAAAGGACUCAGGUCUGUAUCUGAAGGAGCUUAUUGAGCCUGUACUCACGUGUUUCAAUGACUCAGACAGCCGUUUGCGCUACUAUGCCUGUGAGGCCCUUUAUAAUAUAGUCAAAGUGGCAAGAGGAGCUGUGCUGCCCCACUUCAACCUGCUCUUUGAUGGUCUCAGCAAGCUUGCAGCCGACCCGGAUCCCAAUGUGAAAAGUGGAUCUGAACUCCUGGACAGACUGCUGAAAGACAUAGUGACAGAGAGCAACAAGUUUGACUUAGUGGCGUUUGUCCCCCUGCUGAGAGAGAGGAUCUACUCCAAUAAUCAGUAUGCCAGGCAGUUCAUCAUUUCUUGGAUCCACGUUCUGGAGUCUGUGCCAGACAUCAACCUGUUGGACUACCUCCCUGAAAUCCUGGAUGGGCUCUUUCAGAUCCUGGGGGACAACAGCAAGGAGAUCCGUAAGACGUGUGAGGUGGUGCUGGGAGAGUUUCUCAAGGAAAUUAAAAAGACUCCCUCCAGCGUGAAAUUUGCUGAGAUGGCCAACAUUCUGGUCAUCCACUGCCAGGUCGCAGAUGAGACCAAACUCACAAACGACCUGAUCCAGCUGACGGCUAUGACCUGGAUGAGAGAGUUUAUCCAGCUUGCGGGCAGAGUCAUGCUCCCCUACUCCUCUGGUAUCCUAACUGCAGUGCUGCCUUGCCUUUCCUAUGACGACAGAAAGAAAAACACUAAAGAAGCAGCCAGCGCCUGUAAUCACAGUCUGAUGAAGCUGGUGACUCCUGAGGAUGAUGAGGAGGAGGAGGAGCAGAAAAGUGAAAGCACAGGGUCGCCGUCCAGGGAAGACGGCCAGCCCAAGACGGAGGCAGACAGCAAUGAUAUGCUGAAUGCAUCACAAGAAUCUGUUGGUUUCAGUAAUAUCAGCUUCUUUACUCCAGCGAGUGCUGACAGGCCUCAGGUAACUCUGGACCUGGACGGUAUUGUUCAGGUGUUGGGCCGCCACCUCCACGACUCCUCCACUGGCAUGAUGACCCGCAUAGCUGUGCUGAAAUGGCUCUACCACCUCUACAUCAAGACACCACGCAAAAUGUUCCGCCACACAGACAGCUUGUUUCCCAUGCUGCUGAAAACACUGUCUGAUGAGUCCGAUGAGGUGAUACUGAAAGAUCUGGAGGUGUUAGCUGAGAUAGCAUCAUCUCCUGCCGGCCAAACAGACCAAGCUGGCUCCUGCGAAAGCACCGACGGCAAACUGGAGCUCAAGGUCCCAGAGGGUGCCAAGCCGGGACAGCAGCAUAGCACAGGCUCCAAAGCACUGGACUCAUCCCCCUCCACUCCCAGUAUGAACUCCUAUUUUUACAAGUUCAUGAUCAACCUGCUGAAACGUUUGAGUCUGGAGAGGAAGCUUCUGGAAAACAGAGGGGCUUUCAUCAUCAGGCAGUUGUGUUUGUUGCUCCACGCAGAGAACAUCUUCCACUCCAUGGCUGACAUCUUGCUGAAGGAGGAGGACCUCAAAUUUGCCUCCACUAUGGUUCAGACGCUCAACACCAUCCUGCUCACUUCCGCCGAGCUCUUCCAGUUACGCAACCAGCUGAAAGACCUGCGCACUCAGGAGAGCUGUGCUUUGUUUUGCUGCCUGUAUCGUUCCUGGUGCCACAACCCUGUGGCCACCGUGUCACUCUGUUUCCUCACACAGAACUACAAACACGCCUAUGAUCUCAUCCAGAAGUUUGGAGAUCUAGAAGUAACAGUAGACUUCCUGAUGGAGGUGGACAAACUGGUACAGCUCAUAGAAAGCCCCAUUUUCACCUACCUGCGUCUGCAGCUCCUGGAUGUGGAGAACAACCCAUAUCUGAUUAAGGCACUGUACGGCCUGCUGAUGCUGCUGCCACAGAGCCAGGCCUUCCAGCUGCUCUCCCACCGCUUGCGCUGUGUCCCCAACCCAGAGCUCAUGAGGACUGUGGAUGAGUCCAAGUAUAUGGACUCUAAAAAGCAAGUGGCCUCCAAACGCGCCUCUCACACUCAGAUGGAUUACAAUGAGCUGCUCCAGCAUUUCGACCGCGUCCAGAGCAAACAUCUGGAGGUCCGACACCAGCGCUCUGGACGUGCCUCUGACCACCCUGACAGGAAGCUGAUGUGAAGUCAUUGUGCCAUAGUGACCUCCGGCCACUGAGAAGAAAGAGGAAAAGAGUGAAGGAAAAUAAGUAUAUAUAGUUCUACUGGAAAAGAUUAUUAAGAUGCUAUUGAAGCCAAAAAGUAUUAAGUGAAUAUGAUUAAAAAUUGUUUUAUCAGAGAAACACUGGGUAUAAAUGAUCAGGAAACAACUCUUAUGUUUGUACAUUUCUUUGUUAAAAAUGAGGGAGAUGUUAUGUAACAUAAGAAACACAACUGGAAACAGAUUUAAUAAAUUUCAGACUGUACUGUAGAUCUUGAUAAUGUACAUAAAACAUCUUACAUUAUGAAUAGUGGUGGUGAUAAUAUGUCCAUAAAGUUUCAUUCAUGCCCUGUCAGCAGCUGAGAUGUUUUGCAGCUAAAUGAAAUGUCCACAGUAUUUCAAGUGAGUCUGAUAUGCAUCUCAGUGUUAAAUAGUGCACUUCUGUCAUUUAAUCUGGCGUAUCCCUCUGAGCAGCAUGAUUAGAGCAUGCGCUCAGGGUUGCCUUAAUCUCAUGUCAGCCAGAAAAGAAUUCUCACGUGUAGAGUAUUGACCCGGAUCAACUGAGAUUUUAAACUUUUGAAGCUGUGGGUGUCUGAACUCUAAUAGUAAUAAUUUUGGGUAGGCCUGUAUAAUUACACCUCUUGCCAUUUCUUUGUUACUGCAGCUGAUAAGAAACCUUAACUUUAACACACCUCUAAGCUUUUAAUUCAAUUUUUUUCUUAUGUAUUCUUCAGCUAAUAUGUUUUUUUUUUCUCUUUGUUUGUGUGUGUGUCUGUUUGUCUUGCAUUCUUAAAAAGAUUCGCACUUUUGUCAUUCCUAUGUGAAAAUCAAUAAAGUGGACCACGUGAUUGAAAACA